CAUAGCAAGGGGCGAGGUUACAGAUGACAUAAGUUGCUAUAAACUGAGCAUGUAAUGAAUGUAUACUAAUGCACAUUGUUUUGACAGCUACCUCGGUAAUCGCAGACAGACGUAACCAAAGAUGGCACCUGUGGAUCUUGCCAAAAUAAGUUCAAAUGGACUGAAAAACGCUGCGUCUGGGGAGAAUGUGGAACUGGGGUCACUGUGGCGAGAGCAGGCUGUCGUGCUGUUUUUUCUGCGGCGGUUUGGCUGUCAGAUCUGCAGGUGGACUGCCUCAGAGGUCAGCAAGUUGGAGCCGAGCUUGAAGGCUAACGGAGUGGCCCUGGUAGGUGUAGGGCCUGAGGAGAUUGGGGUUGAAGAGUUUAAGGCGGGAGGCUUCUUCAAGGGAGAUGUGUACAUAGACGAGAAGAAAAAAAGCUACAAGGACCUUGGUUUCAAAAGAUACAAUGCCCUAAGUGUGGUUCCAGCUGCCAUGGGAAAGAAAGUGCGAGAAGUCUCUUCAAAGGCAAGUGCUGAAGGUAUCCAGGGAAACUUCACAGGGGAUCUCCUGCAGAGUGGUGGCAUGCUUAUUGUGGCAAAAGGUGGUGAGAAGGUGCUUAUGCACUUCAUCCAGGAUUCCCCAGGAGACCACGUCCCUCUGGAAGAUAUAACCAAAGCCCUGGGCAUCUCAGUCAGUGUGCAAGCCGGACAAAGGCCACAGUGCAACGAUGAUGUUUGCACAAGGUAGAGGACUUGAACUGCCUGGGAGAGAUGAGGACCACCAGCAGAGAACUGAGUUAUGGGACUCGUACAUUUUUUGGCUUUUUUCUUAAUAUGUGACUGACAUUAAGAAUUUACAAAA